AUGGUGUUUCGGCAGAAACCACAGAAGAAAGACCGUUCGGGCGGUGCAAAAUCUGCGACGGUUACUGACGAGACUACUGCAAUCACUCGACCACCCGUCUGCCUGGGAACAGGUCUGCUGAUCAAUAAUAAAGUACAGGACCUAAAUGCGACCGGGAAAGGAAGCGCCAUCGCGAGACGUAACACCAAAGCGACCCAUAUUCACGCCCGAAACAGCACUGGUCAGACCCUGAAGUUAAACAACCGUCGCUCCUCCUGCCAGACAGCAGCCGCCCCCCCUGAAGACUGCUACCGAAUUUCGGGGCGAAUCGGCGGACUAGAAGUCCAGGGCAGGCGGAUUGGUGGCCAGUAAGUUUUGUCCGCGUAUUUUGUCCCUUUUACGGAGUAUUCAGUCUUCUGGUAGAAGACAUUGAGUCCGAACGUUGGGCAGUCGGGGUGCUCACUUGAAUAUCAGGACGGAGAUGACGUUGGUCUGCAUACGCAUACGGAAAUACGCAUUUAGGAAAAGAAAGACGACGCUCCGACCGCAAAGAGAGAAGAAUUCCAGUCUGAGACCUCGAGCACAUAUGAGAAUACAUUUACUAGCACACAGAGAGUAGUUAGGAGACAGUAGCUGGAGACUUUUGAUCGCUCAGCAGUGGGGGGAGGGGGUCAUCCGUUUAGAAAUGCGUUCGUAUUCUACAAUGAGUGACCGAUCUCACGAAAUGUUGUCCGAAAUUCCGAAAUGCGUUUUCUAUUGGACAGGAUUACUUACGUACGGUUACAAUAUUGAUUAUCAUGCGGCAUAAUCCUAUAAUGUUUCGGACUCGCCAGGAUGUCGGCUUUUGAAUGUAUUUCUUUUAGACCUUCUGUAGAAACCUCACUCGGUAAGAAAUGACUACUUAAGCAACAUGAAUUUUUCACACUGGUUAUUGAAGGUCCUAUAAAUUCAAAUGUAGUUUAUAGAGAACAUGAAUAAAAAUAUGCUUUCUUUUACUCGUUCGGUAGAGAAUCAUAUUAUUUUCCCAUUUUUUUAUAUUAAGCUUUUGAAAAAGUUUCCAGUUAUGAGAUUUUUAAGACCGGUCAAUGUCCAUUCAUAGAGCACCGCAGGUGCACGUUUGCCAAUGCUUCUCAUGAAAUGUAGAACACGGUCCGCAUCAAUUGCAGUAUUUUAUUAACUCUACAUGGCAUCUUUUUAAAGGCAUAGAGGAUUAUAUGAUAUUCCUUACGCCGAAAGCAUGCACGUUGUUGGCUGAAAUCGCUAAAAGCUACGACUGAUCGUGUUCAAAAGUAUUCGGGCAUAAGGAAAUUUUUUCAAAACCUAAAUAAACCCUCUCUUCGGGUAAAAAUGUAAAAAUAACAUGAUUCUCUACCGAACAGGUUAAAGAAAGCACAUCUUUAUGCAUGUGUUCUAUAAAAUAUAUGUGAAUUUUUAACACCAUCAAAAAUCAAUGUGAAAAAUGCGUGCUGCCUAAGUUGUCAUUUGUUACCGAGUGAGGUUUCGACAGCAGGUUAAAAGAAAUACAUUCAGAAGCCGACAUUCUGGCGAGUCCGAAACAUUAUAGGAUUGUGCUGCAUGAUAAUCAGUGUUGUUACUGUACGUAAGUAAUCCUUCUUAAUAGAAAACGCAUUUCGGAAUUUCGGCCAAUAUGUAAUGAGAUAAGUCACUCACUGUACUAACACCGUAAAAGGAAGCAAACAUAACAGCGAACACGGUUUUGUCUGAGCUAAGCGCCGUUUGAUCCGGCCCUCUGGCUGUGCACAUGAAUAUCCCCGGACUGGCAGAGCUGAAGUGACAGCCCAGUUUCCAGAUCCUGAGAAUCAACCUGACGUAACGGGCCCCUUCAUCCCAUAUGAACUAUUUGCGUUGGGAUAUGUGUGAUUCCAGCCUUUAUCGCACAUGAGCCGUACAGUUGUGAGAUCAAGUGUGACACAGGAAUCUCCACUGCAGAAGGCGCUGCCACAGACACUGAAGGUCGUUCAUUGGAGUCUCAGUUCGGAGAGUUACACGCAGACCUAGACCUGUGCCAGGACUCGCCGUUGCCUCAAAAUGCCCUUAUGUAGGACCAAGAAAUGGGCAGGUUUGGUGCAAUUACAAUUUCGAGCCUCUUCAGGUGAGCAUGUGGGUACCGAGUCAUCGAUAUCCAGAGAUAGCUACUGCCUAGAAGUCAACGAGGGUAAUUGAGGGGAUAAUGUACUGAUUCCUCUAUUACUCAACCAUGGACUUUAACAGAACGGUAGGGACUAGGGUUGGGGUUAAUGCUAGGGUUAUGAGAGUUGGAGUUAAAGUUAUGACACACAAAUAAGUACCCCUCCCUCGGAAUUAAGCGUAAGGUCACCUCCAAUACGGGGAAUUUAGUUCCAUGUCCAACCGAUAGAACUUUAGUCUUCUACACCGGGCAGUUUCAGAGAGAGAGAGAGAGAGAGAGAGCUUAUAAUCCAGGUUAUAUUGCUCGAGUUGUUGUAGACUAGGAUGUGAAAUCUCAAAAGUCAAAUAGUGUGGUCCGGAGUCAUGCAGUAUAGUCCAGCCAGAGUUAAUAGUUAAUAGUAAUACUUUAAGCCUUAUAUGCGAAAAUCACUGAAGCGUGUGGAUUUGUUUGGCUUAACGGUAGACACUGAGGGUUUAGUCGUGUUCAUGUGUCAGGCAAUUGUUUCCUGAAUUCAAACUUGACAGAAGGUUCAACCCGCUCAAAACAGAUGAAUGCAGAGGGACCGCAGAAAAGGAUGGAAAAGAAUUGCACUGAAGGAACAUUUCCCGUAGUCAGAACGAAAUAGAGGGGUUCCGGUCAUCAAAUCCAGAUUCCACCGACCACCUGACCUUAUCAUAAGUCAAAAUACGGUCUUUCCUUCAAACUGCGAGCCUGUGACUCCGAGGCAGGGGGUUAAAUUUGGACUGAUCUCUAGCUCGACUCCCGAGAUAGUUCGGCCUGGGGCUAGAGUUUGGCUGGCCGAAGGCGGCAAAUGAGCUAGGAAAGACCAGUCGUCAGGUAUACUAGUCUACUACUACUACUACUACUACUACUACUACUACUACUACGACUACUGCUACUUUAGCGCCGCUGUCCGGAGGCCCUCAAAGGACCUAGUCCACAACACCAGGAGGGCGAACGAUUGUACUUCUAUCUGGUAUCAGGUCAAACCGAUGACCACUCAACUACGCCAUCCAAACCCGACUGGCAGUACCCGCUGUCUUCCGUCCAGCGAAUUGGACACAAGACCACGGAGCGUCAGUCGUGAGACCGCUGUCUGUCUCCUCCCUACCUACGACACAACAAGCAUCAUUAGCCUGUUUCCAGUCCAUUUGGAUGGACAGUGUACGAUGUAUUUCGCAGGAGUUAAUCCAGCAAUUCCCCACGGAUUUACCUCAAACAGCCACCCAUUCGGGACAUAGUUAAAUAAACCUUUUAGAAGCUAAAUGGCCAUCCCGAAUUUUAGCCUACUUUUAGAAUUAUGGGAUGCACACAGGAAAAGAGACCGCCCUCCUACAGGAGUUAGUCUUACGCUGAAUUCCAGGGGAGGUAUAUACUCCUGUGUCUUGAUUUACACCCUAGCCCUCUUAACCUCAACUCCAACUUGCUCUGGUAUGUAGUAGAAGGUCAGCCUGGGUUAAGGGUAAGUAUAAGCGCUGUAGAGCUUUUGGUCGACCUUUCGUCGGCAGGAUGACACUCGUUGACCUAUGCCGUCCCGAGGACUCGAUGUCGCUGGAAUGUCUACAUUGGCUCAUUGUUCCCCACCCCCACCUGCAAGUCUUUGUAAGACGAAAACUCCUUUUUUUAAAAAGUUAGGGAAAGAGAGCAGUCGGAAUAUUGUUGGAUGGAAUGAAUACGUCUGCCAGUGAAGCAGGAGUGCAAAAAUGUUGGCAAACUUGCUAAACAACAGUUCGCAUUUUCCUACACCGCGCAUUUACUUAAUCUUUUUCGUGCACCGGUACUACAGGGGGUCACUGUUCCCUACCAUUAGGCUUACUUGUGGCUAUCCCCCUUCUCCAGUACGGCUUGAAAACUCCACUGGGUAUUUUCAGCCCCUACUUCGAAAUUGAGUCCUCAGGGUGAAUGUCGACCAAAUUGCCCAAAGUUGAACUUUGAUUUGACCUAUUCUUGACUAACUCGUUACUGGGGACAUCCAGGAGACCUUUUAUCCAUGAACACUGCCAGAACAAAGGAAGGAGCAUGUAGGACGGCCGCCGAGACUGCUGGGCCGAGACAGUCAUCUGGUCCGCAGCGCCUGAUUCCAAAUGUUUCCUUCCGCAAGUAUGGUGGAUUACAAAUCCCCUGGAAGGUUGAAAAUGCCAAAGAGUGUUUCGGUGACUGCUCUGGUCGGAUGGUGCCCACCUGCUUGAGUUGACAAUAAUGCUGAUUUACAAGGUUUUGCUUGUGCCAUCAGGCUUCUCUACCACCAAAGGCAUAACCGCUUCUUAGAGAACACUCCUGCAAAGUCUCGAGGAAGGUUUUAGCGAAAGUAUUACGGUCGCUUUUUCCUGGUCCUGAAAACGUGGCUCUUAGCGAUAGUGUAGAAACUCCAACCUAUGAAAGCGAAACUUCAGAUUCUAGGUGUUUAAGUUAAAAAGAAAAGACUGAACUGUUUAUUUAUUGUUCUGAGCUUUCGAACUCGUAUAGGAGUCGAUCGUCAGAGAUAGUAGCAACAAUAGGACGCGCGACAAUUAUAGGGCAUGCUAGUCAAUCAUCGACGGAUGGUGCAGGGCUGGAGGUGAGUGCGCGGGGCUCUGUACGCCGGCGCCAGAACGAUAAAUCGAUUGACUGAGUUCUCAUUCGAGGCCCGGGCUUCAAUCAAUUCUCGGUCUGUUUUGUUUCCGGCGAGGGCGACUAUUUUGGCGGCUGCGACCCAUUUCGUACGUGUAAUCUGCCAUCUGCGAUGAUGCGCUGCCUCGUCACCCAGCCAGCUUCUGUUCGUGUAUGCGCGAUCCGAGCAUGCGCCCAGUCUGCCCUGUGUAGUUACAAGGGCAGCUUUGACACGGGAUGCGAUACACCACUGCAGAUCGUCCCUCAGACUUUAAUUCGUGUUUAAUUUUGAGGACCCUACUGCUCAUGGUAGCUUUGGGGCGGUGUACAAUUCCAACACCUAACUCCGCAACAAUGCGCUCGGUUGCUUCUGAAACGUCCUUGAUGUAUAGUAGAGAAUGUCAUAUCGUUGGUAGUUUCGAUGCUUGGACCCUCAGGGGGCAGCCGCGACUUAUGGACGCCUUUGGAUUGUCACUUUGCACAAACUGGUCGCGGAGCUCACGGCCCUCACUUGCUCUUUCCUCCGGUUUGUUGUAAUGAGUUUGGGUCCGUUUGAAAAUCGUCUUCACGCAGCUUCCUUUGUGAGUCAAGAAGAAGAGAGGUCGAGUAUCGGAAACUUUUGUUGAUUGUCCUGGGUUUUCUAACUCGUUCAGGAGUCCAUUGUCAGAGAUAGUAGCAGCAACAGAACAAGCGUCAGUUAUAGGGCAUGUAGGCCAAUCAUCGACCAACGGCGCAAGACUGGAGGUGUCUGCGCAGGGCUCUGUACGCCGGCGCCAGAUCGAUAAGUGGAUUGACUGCGUUCGCAUCGGGGAUCCGUUUUGUUUCCGGCGGGGGCGAUUAUCUGGUUGGCUACGGCGUUAAACUCAUGUUCCGGUGCUCGACCAUUUUUCUUAUUCGCUCGUACUCUUUUCGUUAUGUUCAGCUCAUUGUUAGCCUCGGGCGUGGUUAACCUCCGCUAGGGUUUUGCAUCCAGUGGAGUUUGCGCCUGUCCUUUUCCUGUUCGUCUGUGAUGUCAUCAAUGUUUCAUUAUAAGAACUCUUCCUUACAUUAUUUUUCCGCGCCAUUGCCAAUUGCAAUUUACAUGCUCUUAAGGCCCCCCACAACUCUGCCAAGGCGUCUGCCCUACUUCGUGGAAUGCAAAGUGCCGCAUGUUCCUCCCCAACCACCGACGUUCCGCUUCUCAGACUCCUCAGUGCUCUUCCAGCAGAUUAUUCGCGGCGAACCCUGCAGCUUCGACAUUUCACCCAGUUUCCAUUCUGAGCGCAUUGUACGAUCUGGUGUGCUCGCGGAGGGCUUCAAGAAGGGCCUAUUUAAUCCGCGGAACUUUGCAUUUGCCUACUGA